AUGCUGGCUUGUGCGAAAAGUGGCCUCGUCAUGAGGUCGCUCAUCGUGUGGAUGCUUGUAGCUAUGCUGUAUAUGAAACCGGUUUCCGCUGCAGAUCAAAGCACCUGCUGUAUACGUAAACGCAACAAUCUGAUCAUCAGUGCACGGAUUGACAACAACCCUAGAACACCUGGAGGUGUCCGUGUUUCAGAUGUAGAAAAUAUAAAUACUACCGCCACCCCGGCCCCUAGUGCCUCGGUCUCGCCUCUAUUAUACCCUGGUGACAGUCCUAGUGCUACACCUUCAGUAGCACUUUCACCAUCGCCGAGUAUCACUCCAUCGAAUUCUCAAAUACUGGGAAUGAUCAAUGGCACAGUUAUCGAUCUCGGCAACGAGGUGGGAGUGCCAGACAUUGUUGUUAUUUUGGUGAAUACGGCAACCAAUGAAGCCGUCUCCACGGCUACUACGGACGCCAAUGGCGGUUACUCAUUCCUUGAUCUACCUCUCGGGGAGUACAAUGUAAUCGCUCCCUCCGAAGUGAUCACAUUGCCCAUAGUGGAUGGCCCUCCUGAUAGCGACGAUAAGCUCUUUGAACAUGCUGUCGUCCUUAACAUUCAAGAUCCAACCGAAGUUGGUGUGGAUUUCAAGUACCUCAAAGAAGCCACUAUUAUAGGAACUGUCACGCUACGCAAUGGGAAAAAUGAGCCACUAUUUGGCGUGCAAGUAGGAGCUAUAUGCUUAGACGAUAGUUCGAUCACUUUACCCCUAGCUUACACUGAUGACAACGGGAUGUACUCGUUCGUGCAAGUACCUGAUUGCACUUGGGAGAUAAUUGUUCCACCGGAUUUUAAUGGUCACCCUAUCGUUUCCGAUGAUCCGAGUGGGUCAGGGGAGAAGAAAGAAGUUACUAUCUCGCCAACUGUCCGUAUCGGCGUUGCAGAUUUCGAAUACAUUCCCUAUGCAACUAUUUCUGGGUUUGUGUUCAACAUCGAUGGUAACGUCCCCGUGUCAGAUGUGAAAAUAAAGUUGACCUGUGAUGGACUUAGCACAGAGAGAACCACUAGCGAUACAGGUUACUACGAGUUCAACGCUCUGGAGGAUUGUGAAUUUACAGUUCUCGCGCCACUUACAGCCUUCACGGAUACUUUUGAGGGCACCUUUGUUGGCGGUAGCGGGCCUGGUGAUGACGGCGAUGAGUCCUAUGUGGUAGUUGUUGAUACGGACAAUCGUGGAAAGGCCAAUGUAAACUACUUUUACCAAUCUGCAACUAAAGGAUCUUUGUCUGGUACUCUCAGAGACUACGUUACGAAAGAUCCAAUCCCCGCAGGAGAGGUCGUUGAGGUUGCAUGCAUCGAUGGUCCUAACCGCGAAGUAUCGCAAACCACAACGAACGAUGAUGGUUUCUACAAGUUCUCUGGCCUCGACUUCUGCACAUAUUCUGUGAAUGCUCCUCAGCAAACUGUCGAUGGGCGAGAUAUUUUCGAGGGACCCGUUGAUGGAGUAGAUCCAGAACAUACUACCACUGUGCUUCUAAGUGAAGGUGCACCCGACGAGACUGAUAUUGACUUUGAGUACUCUAGCACCGGAAGUAUUGCGGGAAAUCUGUUCGAGGACACCCCUCCUACAGGUGUACCCGGGGAACAAGUCACCGCCGUGUGCCUCGGAAACUCAGAGUUGGCAUACACCGCUACUACCUGUGCUGUCGGAGAUGCAGCUUGUGGCGUGCCCGGUUCCUAUCGGUUCACCAACCUCCCGCUGUGCACAUAUACAGUCACAGUACCGACAACGGUCAAUGACAAGCAGAUUCACACGGGACAAGACACUGACGAUACGUUGAACGCGGUGGAUAUUCCUCUGACCACGGCGGACCAGGUCGUGGAGGAUGUUGAUUUCUACUAUGGUAGCCCGGUUGUACCGGCUACCAUCGAUGGAACUGUGACUCUACUUCCUACAGGUGAGCCAAUCGCCGGCGUCGAGGUUACUGCCACUUGCUUAUCUGAUCCUGGUAUCACACUGGCGCCAGUAAGUACGGAUGCGAAUGGUUAUUAUUCGUUCAGUGAUGUGCCCAAUUGUGCUUGGACUAUCAGUGUGCCGGACGAGGUGAAUAGUGUACCUGUUACCCCCCCAACGGACUCCCCUGCAGUGAUCGAUUCAGAAAACAGAGUGGCGAUGGUCGAUUUCGAUUACAAGCCCAUCGGAGCCAUCUCCGGUCACACACUGGAUGAUUUUGAUGAUUCGCCUAUCUCUGGCAUGCUUGUGACGCUAGUGUGUUCUGAGGAUGGUUCAAUGCAAACUCAGACCACAGGGGAAGCAGGUGAUUACUCCUUUGAAAAUCUUAAGUUCUGCACCUACAUGGUUUCUGUUCUAUCUUCUUCCGUCGAUGUGGGUCCUAUUGUCAGUGGUUAUGGCGAUUUGGAACCUCUCUAUGAAAGCUCGGUAUCAAUUGACGACGGCAAUAGAGUGGUGGAAGGCGUUGAUUUCAAGUACUUGGCACAAGGUACUAUCGCAGGUACUCUGCGCGAUUACAUUACGCAAGCUGGUAUUGGUAGUCAGACGGUGACCGUAUUAUGCGCGAGUACUGGAGCCACAAGGGAAACCACAACCAACGGUGCAGGCGAGUACCGCUUCGAAAAUCUCGCAUUCUGUGAUUAUACCGUCACAGUCCCUGAUGGAAUUGCUAGCGUGGGUCCUAUCUACGAGGGCUAUGGUGUUUCAGUACCCAUCAAUGAAGCCAUUGUGUCGAUUGGUCUAUCAGAGCCAGCUGUAGGCGACGUAGACUUCGAAUACACUACGUUAGGAAGUGUAUCCGGUGCCAUCUAUGUGGACGCGGCGGAUGCUGAGAAUGGAUUCUUCGGCGCCCCAGUUCAACUUACUUGUACAGACCGACCUGAUUUGACGCCCUUUACUGAAACGACGGACGAUCAAGGAAGGUACUCUUUCACGGACAUUCCAAUCUGUGCGUACGAGAUCGAAGUACCUCUGAUCGUGGAUAGUAAACCUAUCGCUAGUGGAUACGAUGCAGAUGACAGUCUUCAACUGGCAACUGUGACACUUACCAUCGCAGAGCCCAAUGUGGUGGACGUCAACUUCUUGUACUUGCUGCCAAUAUCACCAUCUGCAACGGUAAGUCCUAGUCCUUCAACUUCGAGGUUCAUUCCUGGCACUAUCACCGGCACAGUUGAACUCGAAGGCACGGAUAUUGGGGUACCGGGCAUCACUGUGACCGCGACAUGCACUGACGGUACGGUGUACAAUGAAACCACUGACGGUGAUGGAUCGUUUUCGUUUGAAGAUAUGCCCGAUUGUCAGUACACCAUUAUUGUACCACCUACCGAUCCCAAUGGUUGGCCUGUGGUGAGCACCGGUGAGACUGAGGUUGAGAUCAGCCCAGAGAACCGUACAGAAGAGGUGGAGUUCGAGUACACACCACUGGGAUCUAUUGCCGGAGCUACGCUGAGUGACUUCGAUAAGACCACUCCUAUUGCGGACUUAAUUGUUGAGUUGUCCUGCGAUGGGGCUGUAGUCCAGACACAGACCACUGGCUCACUUGGAGAGUACAGUUUCACCGAGCUGCCUCCUUGCCUUUACACGGUCACAGUUCCCACUUCUGCAACUGACGGAGGGGAUCUCGUGUCAGGUCCCAGCGACCCAGCCGAAGUCCACCAGGAGGCGAUACAGGGCAAUGAUGUCACCGAGUUGAACUUCUACUACUUACCCAAAGGCACAAUCGCUGGAACAUUGAGCCACCAUGUGACGGAGGUUCCACUCACGGGCGAGAAUGUGACGAUUGCGUGUCUGGAUAAUCCUGCAGUCACUAUUACGAAUACUACUGACGCCAGCGGCAACUACGAAUUCACGAACUUGGUCUUCUGCACGUACAGUGUGGUAGCACCAGAAUCUACACCGGCCGGUCCAAUCUUCUCCGGUCCAGACGAUUUUAGCGGGGACGACGGAUUAGAGUACGCCACUGUUGUGAUUCUCAAUCCGCAGAGCCCUGAGGAAGGUGAUGUCGACUUCACAUAUGCAGAAGUUGGCAGCGUGUCAGGAACUAUAUACGAGGACUUUAUUGGAGAAGGUAAUGGAGUUGGUGAGGUCUUGGUGACGUUAGAGUGUACUGGUGCCAAUACUUUCGAGCUAACUGUUCUGACCGACGGGGCUGGCGAGUAUGCGUUCGCCGAGAUCCCUAUCUGCGACUACAUCAUAACUGUGCCUCAAGUGGUUAACUCCACUUCGGGGGUCAUACCUCUCUAUUCCGGUUAUGACACUGAUACCUCUUUGGACACAGCCAAAAUAGAGGUCAGUAGUGAGGCCCCGAACAUCAUCGAAGUGAAUUUUAUUUACAAGAUGUUGCCCAGCACGACUGCUUCUCCUAGCCCUAGCACGUCGCCGAUCGUUCCUGCUGUAAUUUCUGGAACUGUAUCUGGACUAGAAGACGGCGCGGGUAUCCCAGGCGUCCCUGUGACUGCGGCAUGCACUACUGACGGGAAUAUCGUGUACACAACCACCACGAUUGCCGAUGGGUCGUACGCUUUCUCCGAAGGAGUAGCGGACUGCACAUACGCCGUGUCGGUGCCAGAAAACUUCGACGGCGAGCCCAUCAAGGGCCCCAGCAGCGAGACCGUGAGCAUCACACCCACUGAACGAACAGCAGAGGCAGACUUUACGUAUCUCCCACUUGGAACUAUUUCGGGACUCACUCUAAAUGAUUUCGACCAGUCACCUUUGCCCAAUGUUACAGUGAUGCUGACUUGCGCUGCUGUUAUGGUACCUACUACUACCGAUGGCUCGGGCUUCUAUUUAUUUGAGAAUCUUGAGGACUGUAUUUACACAGUGACCGUCCCUCCCUCGGUCCUGACUGCCGAUUUCGAUGGAAUUAUCGUAGACGGUCCCGUUGAUUCGGACUCACAGAAAGAAAUCCACAGCAUCGAAAUCAAUAGUGAUAAUCUGAAGAAAGAUAAUGUGGACUUCAAGUACCUUCCACAGGGAACCAUUUCUGGCAAUCUUCAGGACUUCGUCAGCACUGUUGGCAUCGUCAAUCAGACUGUCACUUUGACGUGCACUGAUCCCGAGACGUCCAUGACGACCCAAACAGAUGAAAAUGGUAACUACGAGUUCCAUGUAACGGUAAUAUGCACUGCCAAUACGUCCAACUUUUACGAGGUCCAGACUAACGCGGAUGGAACAUAUGUCAUUGACGAUGUCAAGGACUGUGACUAUACUGUAAGUGUGCCAGAGACGUUCAACGGCGAGCCUAUCAAGGGCCUCAGCAGCAAGACCGUCAGCAUCACGCCCGCUGAUCGCACUGGAGAGGCAGACUUUGUUUACGUUCCUCUUGGAACUAUCUCCGGAUAUACACUCAAUGAUUUCGAUCAAAGUCCUUUGGCUACUGUCGAAGUGACAUUGAGCUGCAAAGGUGUGGACGAAACUCGGACCACGAACACUUCUGGCUACUACAUCUUCGAGAACCUUGGUGACUGUAACUACACUGUUACCGCUCCACCUUCGGUCAGCUCAGAUGAUUUCGAGGGCAUCAUUGUCAAGGGACCUGAGGAUGACGACACUGUCAAGAGGAAACACGAUGUUAAUAUUAACAGUAACAAUUUGGAAGUGGAGCAAGUUAAUUUCAAAUACCUUCCACAGGGCACUAUUUCUGGUAAUCUUCAGGACUUCGUCAGCACUGAUGGCAUUGCCAACGAGACUGUCACUUUGACGUGCACUGAUCCCGAGACGUCCAUGUCGACCCAAACAGAUGCGGAUGGUAAUCUUCGGGAUUUCGUUAGCAGUGAUGGCAUUGAAAGUCAGACUGUCACUGUGACAUGUAGUGAUCCCGAAAUCUCCAAGUCGACCCAGACAGAAGCGGAUGGUAGCUAUGAGUUCACCGGACUCGGAUACUGCGAGUACACUGUUGUGGCGCCUGGAACGGUGGACACCGUUGGUGAUAUCUUCGAGGGUCCAAUAGAUGAGGAUGGUGUGAUUUCGUCUACUAAGGUCGAUAUCACUUUUGCGGACCCAUCCGAGGUUGGAGUAGACUUUAGUUACACGACCGUUGGCAGUAUCUCAGGCACCAUAUACGAGGAUACGUCUGCUCCUUCUAAUGGUGUGAAAAACGUUACGAUUACGUUGGUGUGUACUGAAGCAGACAACUACAGUUUGACAAGAGUUACAGAUGCGGACGGAUCGUAUGCGUUCAAUGGUAUUCCACUGUGCGAGUACACCAUAUCUGUACCCGAAGAGGUAAGCGCAACAGGCGGAACCAAGCCAAUCUAUGAAGGCCACGACAACGACGACACCAAGACUGAGGCGGAUGUCACUAUCGAUCUGGCACAGAAGGAUGUAAUUGACGUGGAUUUCCUAUACAAGGUACCAGCAGUCAUUUCUGGAACCGUGACAGGCUACGAGGAUGGCGAGG